GACUUCGUGUACCACCGGUCACGUCCACGUACGUACGUCAGUCACAAAACUACCAAAUUUCUGACAGAAAAAUCCAUGUUUCGUUUUUAAACUUCAUUGACACACAAGUCACACUACUGGAACGAGAUGUCGAUCGCCGAUCUCAGCACCAACCAGCUGUUUGAGAAGUAUACGAUAGAGGAGAUUAGAAAGCUAGAGAAAGAUACAAGAGAUGAAAUCGAGACAAAGAAAGAAGACCUGCGGCAGAUGGUUGGUGAGCGAUAUAGAGACCUUAUUGAAGCUGCAGACACCAUCACAGAAAUGAAGACCUGCUCAGAAAAGAUUUUCCAGUCCAUUCAAGAUAUGCAGAAGCACUGUGUCAACCUUCAGAAGACUCACCUAACCAAAGGGAUUAGCUUAUCUCCCAAGAAAGCAGCCUCUUCAAGGUCUCAAUCCUCUGGUUUCUAUGCCAUUGCCUCCCAGACCAAGCUACUUCUAGAUAUUCCAGAAAAGAUAUGGAGUGACAUAGAGAGUGGUGAGCAUUUACACGCCACUCAGCUCUACUUGCUUGCAUGCCACAUAGUGAGCAGCCUGCAGCUAGACACUACAACGCACCAGUCUACUCAGCUGCUGAAAUGGUUCCCUGUACUCUCCAGGCAGUGGGCAGCCAUAUGCCACUUCAAACCAAGUAUACUACAGAGCUGCAGGAAUGUCCUAAAGAAUGCCACUGCAUCAGACAUGGUGAUCACCAAAGCCCUGUGUUCCAUCAUGCUCCUGGAGGAUACGUCUCCUAGACAAGUCUUUACAGAGUUCCUACUGGCAAGGAAGGUAAGUCUAAUGUUUGCCUGGCAAAGUCUGAAUGCCGUCCAUCAAGCAUUCAGUUCUUCACAGUUUGAUGCCAGCGUGAAGAAGCAGGUGUGUGGUGUGACCAAUCUGAUCAACCUCACACUCAGACAGAUACAUGCCAUCUUCUAUCAUCAAGAAGGAGAUGAGAAUAAUGAUGAGGAAGGAAACUUGCUUCAGAAAGUCUUGACAGAAGCUACAUCAUCAUCAGAUGGUAAGACUGUUCUUGCAGAUGAGCUGGCUGUGGGGACAUUCAGUAAGCACCUGCCUGCAAACAUCACAGAUUUUCACCCAACACUGCGCUCCUCCACCGACCCCAUCGCUGCUCCCUACCUUCAGGAGUGCGUCUCUCAGUGGGUGGAGACGUGCAUAAGCGAUGUUCAUGAUGGGAUCAGCAAACUCUUGAACUACGUGACCUCUAUCCGUGGGCUGACCAGCAUCAGGGAUGCUGUCUGGGAUCUCUUGCAAGAGGAUGAUGAUGUGCCAGCACUGAGGAACAUCACAAAGAGAGUCCUGGGAAGGAGUCUAUGUCUGUGGGGAGAGUUUGUCAGACCUCUCUUUCUCUCGAGAAUGCAGGCCAUUCUGCAAGAUGCUCUAGACCAGACACUGACCAACAGCCACCAGCUGGUCAUCCAGGCCUCCCACGACAUGGAAAGCUCUCCGGCCGACCUGGAUGUUGCCGCCCACACCUGGAAGGAGAUGUCUUCGGACCUGCCGAGCCCCAUGGCCUGGAGAGGAGGGGCUGGCAGUAGGGAUGUGCUGGAUGCAGGCAGUCUGUAUAUGAAGGCUAGGGCAUUCACUCCAAAGACACAGAGCAUCUGUUCUUUCAUUGAUGUGAGACUCAAGAGUCUUCUGGAGGACCUCUCUAGCUACACAGACAGACAGACGGACAAACAGCCUAGUGACAAACAGAAGUCCGCUUCCAAGUCAAGUCAAGAACCGUUUGAUAAGUUUGCAGACACCGUCAACCUUCACAGCUUCUUGCAGAUAGCGUGUACCAAGUGUGUCAGUAGAUUGGCUGACCAUAUAAAGGAAGAGCUGUCUGAUUGUAAGCUAAAGCUGAAAACAGCCCAAGAAGAAAAGCUGGAGGACCAAUCAUCAGUCAUCAUUAACAGGGUGGUGUUUCUGGGCCGUCUUUGCUCAGCGUUGACCGAACUAUCACCACAUCUUCAGCAGGCUGUUCUUAUCACAGAGAAGAAGGACAGCAAAGGGGACCCACUGAGACUGAGGUCAAAGAUCACAGGGAAACGAGAAAGCAAGACUGCACGUUCAGAUGAUGAAUGGAGUAAGCUCAAAACAAGGUUCCAUAUUCUCUGCCAGGAGUCAUACAGAAUUUGGAGCGAGUUUACAAGUUCCGAGCUGCUGGCAGAAUUCAACCUCAAUCUGAGUGAUACAUCGCCUUCAGCCAUGCUAAAAAAUGCCACAGCAUGGGACUCUAUUGAUAUUGAGGAAGAGACAGAAGAAGGGAAGAAAGUUUCAUCCAAGAUUCGUCUUCCGGUUCAAUCUUCCUGGUAUGUGCAAUCAUUGCUGUAUGGCUUGUGUGAGGAAAUCAACAGAAUAGGAGGCCAUGCUCUCUCAAGGAGUGUCGUAUCCCAGCUUGUGAAUACUACCAGCACCGGGCUUCUCAGGGCAUACCAGUCUGCUAUUGAUGAAAGGUCAAAGGUCAAAGGCGAAGGUCAUUCUAAGCUGACCCAACCUCGGUCUCUUCAGCUUCUGUUUGAUGUGAGGUUCAUCGGUAGCGUGAUGUCUGGCAGAGGGGAUGAUAAAAAGGACAACUCUCGGUUUAACGACCAGCUACAAAGACUGGUCGACAUACUAGAAGGGUUCAUUGACCCCUUUGACCUGGAUGUAUUUACACCUCAUAUGACCUCCAACCUCAACAGACAUGUCCAUAGAUGCUCACUUCUGCUGGGUUUCUUGACCAGUCCCGACCGUCACAUGUUCUCCGGCCAUCGGUCAUCCAGCGCUGGCUACCAGGAGCAGCAUAACGUCUUGCCUCUGACCGCCAAGCAGGUUCGAUUCAGCCUUCUCCCUCUGAGCACGACGACCACACUGGGGAGCAAGCUCACGCUCCAACCUGCCAUACACAGACAGAAGCAACUGCAGAAGUCAUCCUUGGACAGGUCAUCCCCGAUGGAAGCCAUCCUUCACAAGUCUCGCUCCUCUCCCGCGUCCCUCUCGUCCCGUCUCAGCUCCAGUCUCAAAUCAGGCUGGCUCUCUAACCUCGGCGGACAGUCUUGAAAUGUUAAAAACCGUAGAAAUUUCAAUGCGCAAUGUGUUACACCUAAGUUGAACUUAUCUCUACAUGGGCGUAAAUCCUUACGUAAUACGUAUUGUUCAGGGGGGGGAUGAAUGAAUAGAUCA